GUCAACUGUGUUUCAGAGGUGAGUUAAACAAAAACAACUGGCAAAGCAACUGGGUGCUAUCUGCAGCAUCAAUCAAAUAUGAAAGCAAAACAAGGAAUGUUCUGGGUUAUCGUGCAGUUAAGGAAGAACAGAUAAGCUGUGCUUUUUCAGCUUGAUGACUUGAAGACAGUUUUACUAGCUGAUUCCCAGUGCUCACAACUCUUAGGAGAUGAGAGAGCAUCUUGGUUGCUUUCUGGAGUGAGGAUUCAAAGGGGAGAAGAAUGUCAGGAAACCGAGGCAUAGGUACAGCAAUUCUAUUGAUGGUUCUUCAAUUAUGGAAGUCAUUGAGACAAAGAAAGCUAUGGUUCCUGAUAAGCUGGCCAAGCUAUGGACUGUUGAUCCAAAGAGGGCAAAGAGGAUCAUAGCAAAUUGACGGGGUCCUGCUCGCUCAAAAGAGAGAAAAGCACGUUACAUAUCUGAACUUGAGAGAAAUGUCCAAACACUUCAAACUGAAGCAACUACACCUUCAGCGCAACUCACACUAUUCCAGGUAUUCUGUUCUCUUUUAGAGAGAUACAACAGACCUCUCAUCUGGGAACACAGAGCUUAAGUUCGGUUACAAGCUAUGGAACAACAAGCUCAGCUACGUGAUGCUCUAAAUGAAGCACUAAAGAAGGAAGUUGAGAGGCUUAAGAUGGCAACCGGAGAAAUUAUGACACCAACAGAUAGUUAUACUUUGGGAAUGCACCAUAUCCCAUACAGCCAACCUGCCUACUUUCCUCCUCAUCCACAGCAUGCACAAUCUGAUGCUCAGAACAUGCAAAUACCACAGUUUCCUCCAUUUCAACCUAAUAUGUUAGCUCCUAAUCAACCUCUGGUUGCCACACCUCAAUCACAUGCUUUCUCGGAGAUGAUGCAGCAGGAUCCUCUCGGCCGAUUGCAGGGGCUUGAUAUCAGUAGCAGAGGCAGCCGUAUUUUGAAAUCUGAAUGCCCGUCAAUUUCUGCCAGUGAAAGCAGCGCAACCUUUUGAUAAAAACAUUUGCUAAUCUGCUUGUUGCUCCAUCCUAUAUGUUGAAUUUGUUCAUAGACUAACCUAAUUGACAUCAAGAGCAACUAUUCAUUUGAUUUUUUUUCCCCCCAUCUGGAAUUCGGGAUUCAUAUUUUAGGAGCAACCAUGUGGGAAAAGGAGUUUGUUUGUGAGGUGUAGGUUAGUGCAAUUCUUUUUUACGUUAAGCCUCAUGUUGUAUUGUCUGUCUGUAUUUUAGCUUGUAUUAUUGGGGAAAAGUAUUGUUAUGGUAA